AUGCCCCGAAACAGCCGAGAAGCGAGCACAGGAGAGCAAAGGAACAAGUACGACCCAAGUGAUAUCUUCAACAUGGACGAAACCGGUCUCUUCUACGCUAUGCGUCCGUCUACGGGCCUUGCUCGGAACGGUCGAAAUGGUGUCAAGAUGAGUAAGACUCGCAUCAUUGCGAGCGAGACAUGA